AAUUAUGACACCGUUAGGUUUCCCCCUCCACAUUGUAUAGCCGUAUACUUCCCUUCUUUUGAAUUAGGGCUUAGAUUUCCUCUUCACCCGUUUUUUAGAGAGGUGUUAGAGUUUUUGGACGUCUCAGUGCCCGAGUUAUACCCGAACGCCUGGGGUUGUAUGGUGGCCUUUUUGAUCUUGUGUAAAGUUUUGGCCGUGCCACCAACACUCACAGCUUUUAGAUAUAUAUUCAGAGCCCGCCUAUGUAAUUCCCAAUCAUACGGCUGUGGCUGGAUUACUUUCACCCACCGUCGAGGACUGAAGAUAGUCCAAGACCUCCCCGAUAACCAGAAGGGGUAUAGGACAAAAUUCGCAUACUUAUACAACUCAGAGGGAUGGAAUAUCAAGACCUCUUUUGAUAUAAAGCCCAAUCUCUCGGGUUUUAAUAAUGGGAUCCCGCAAUGUUCCUUUAACGAUGCGGUGAUCAUAGAAUAUGCAAAGAUGGACGUUCAAUUGGGAAGGAAACCAAUGAACGUCCAACUUAAUUGGUUACCUGGUCGUCCUGAGCUGGAGAAUGAGAACCUCCUCUCAGCCUUCGGCAUUAGCUUGGCUAUCGAUCGGAGGAUAGCCAAGCAAAAUCUUCGAGCCAAGAGUCCUGAACUAAUGAAGAAAUUCAGUGUUCUGAGACUUGCUUCAGGGGCCAUCCAGCGGGCCGAGGAUAAGCCUCUUCCCCUUCCUCCAAAGGACUCGGCAACCGUGGAGAAGGGUCUGGAGGACGUGCCUUCGGAGCAAGAGGCUCUCCGACUUCUUGAAGAAAGAAAGCAGGUUCAUAUCCCCGAUGAAUCUGAGAGGGUGGUUCCUCCUCAGACGAGGGGUGCGACAAAAAAGAGUGGGAAGAAGAAGAGGAAGCGGGAUUCUUCUUCCCACAAGGAGAAGUCGGCAAAGAGGCCCUCCGUGGGCGCGGUCCCUACCGUCCGGCCCCUCCAAAUAAGAUAA